AUCUUGGUCGGCUCAAUGCCCAGGAGGAAGGGCAUGGAGAGGAAAGACUUACUCAAAGACAAUGUGGCCAUCUUCAAGAGCCAGGGAGCCGCCCUGGAGAAGUAUGCCAAGAAGACUGUGAAGGUGCUGGUUGUAGGAAACACCAACUGUCUGAUUGCAACCAAGUCUGCUCCCUCAAUCCCCAAAGAGAACUUCUCCUGUCUCACCCGUCUGGACCACAACAGGGCUCGCUCUCAGGUGCUGGCGAUUCGCUGUGGCGUUCCUGCUACCAAUGUCAAGAACAUAAUAAUCUGGGGCAACAACUCGUCCACCCAGUACCCAGAUGUGCACCACUGCUUGGUCAACAUAUCCGGUAGUGAGCUCGCCUGCUUCGAUGCCGUCAAGGAUGAUGCCUGGCUCAAAGGAGAUUUCAUAGCUACAGUGAAGCAGAGAGGCGCUGCAGUCAUCAAGGCCAGGAAGCUGUCCAGUGCCAUGUCUGCCGCCAAGGCCAUCUGUGACCACAUGAGAGACAUCUGGUCAGGCACCCCCCAGGACGAGUUCACCUCUAUGGGCGUGUACUCCUCUGGAAACUCAUAUGGAGUCCCAGCAGACCUCAUCUAUUCAUUCCCGAUCCAGAUCAAGGACAAGAACUGGACGAUUGUGGACGGCUUGGCCAUCAAUGAUUUUUCCCGAUCGAGGAUGGACGCCACAGCAGCAGAGCUGAUCGAGGAGAGAGACAUGGUGGUGUCUUUCCUGGGGUAUGACUAG